AAGAGACGCAUCAUAUCAACAGCGUUGUGUUGACAGAGAUUAGCAUAGAAACACAAUGUAAACAUAACAUUUUGGAUGUAUUUAUAUACUUUUGACCGAUUUUACUAAGAAAGUUUCACUAUGAGUAAAAGUGAAGAUCUGGCCCUGCAGGGGUCAGAUGCCAUUCACAUUGCAACGGUGCUUGAGGACUGCGUUGAUCAGCUGUCUGUUCUGGGAAAGAUCAUACCAGCCUCAUAUGAUGGCAGGCCAGAGGCUUACAGUCUGGUUCAUUCGCAAAUGAAUGAACUUUUGGACAGCCAAAGGGAUUUAGAGACAAGAUACCAGUCCAUUCUUUCCAAGAAGAUUGACAUGAAACAAAGCACGAGAAACACGGGUAAGCUGACUGAUAUGGAGCGAGAAGUUAUGGAACUUGGAGGAGACUUGAAGAACAGCACACACAUUUUCACACGAAGUGUUCGUCAGAAUCCACUUACUGGUGAUAACAUGUCCAAAAUACAGGAUGACAGAUUAUUCCUUGAGGGUGUUAUGACUGAAACACUCUCAGAGCUAAUCCAGAACUGCACAUUCAAGGUCCUGGCAGAUGCUGUCAACACACAGAAAACAAGAAAAGCUCAACUGCAGGAGACUAUUCUCAAGGAGGAGAACGGAAGGAAGCGUGUGAAGCAGCUGCAGAGACAGCUACAGGAUAAAAAAGAAAAGGAGAAAGAGAUUCAAGAGAGGAAUGAAAUGAUAGCCCAUCUUAAGGACCAGCUACAGGAGAUGAAGGCUAAGACCAACAUGGAGGGCAAGUACAUCAAGAAAUGUGCCGAGGUCAGCGUUGCACAGACUCAGAAGAAGUGUGCCCUCUCUGAGAAAGAAAUGAAAGAACAGAUUGAGAGUUUACGGCAAGAGACAGAUGAAGAGGUCCGCUGUAAUUCAGAGAUAGAACAGUUUUUAAGAACACAUCAACAAGAGCUUGAAAGAAAGGUGGAUUUCUGGAUGGAGAAAUACGAGAAGGAUGUGGAGGCCAAACAACACGAGCUGGAGGUUCUCAAAGCCUCUAAGGCCAAGGAUUUGGAGAAACUCCAGGAACUCACUAAACUUUACAGGGAGUAUGAACAGGUGGUGGUUGAGGACCGUAUCGAGAAAGAAAAGGCUCGCCGCAAACAGGAGCAAGAGGCUAUUGAGCUCAAGGCUUCCAUCAAGGUGCAGUCAUGGUGGCGUGGUGUCAUGGUACGGAAGGGCUAUGGCCCAUAUGCCAAGAAGAAAAAGGGGAAAAAAGGAAAGAAAGGGAAAGGGAAGAAAAAGAAGAAGUAAAAUGGGACAACUUGUGGCGGACUUCUUUCUUAAUAUUUUGCAGUAUUUUUCUCCUUUCUAUACAUUCAGUGGAAACAGCUGUUUUGCAAAGACUGAAAAUAAUAAUAUUAUGUUUUAAAUAAAAAUAAAAUCUGCCAAUGUCAAGUAAAGUUCUUUCAUGUUUUUGCAAAUUUUAUUCUUUAAAUUGCUGAUGAAGAAAUCAAUCUUGCGGGGUUUUUUUAAAAGAAAGAGUAUGUUUUACAAAGGUUAAACUAUUUCAAUUUCUAAUUGACUUUAUUGUGUCUUACAAAUGUACAUGUAUACAUGUCUUAAAUUAAAUAGAAUGACAAGUUGAUACAAGUUAUUCAUCCUUUGUUCAAUUAAUCAUGUAUUUGAAUAACUGGUAUAGAAAAGUAGUAUUACUGGCGUAAAUACUGGUAAAUUUCUGCCAUGAAUAUUUCAUAUUUACCUAAUAUUUUUAUUGUCACUGUGAUAUUAAAUUGUUAAACUUAUUUGUGUUUAAACAUGACACAAAAUGCAUUUUAGUGAAAUAAAACAAAAGAACUCA